CUUCCGAUAAAAGGGCAAACCAGAGAGCUUUUUUCGACGAUAAUGAACUUGGAGCCUACGGAAAGACCGGAGUUCAUAUGGGACAUCUCCACGUCUCCGGAGGCUUGUCGCCGGAUCAACUUCCCCUAUAUUUGACCUCUGAACUUCCGCUUCUCAUCCCAAUUCACCCGUCUUUCGUAGAAACUCACCUUCCCCCGUCGAUUUCUUCCUAAAAUGUCCUCUUCUCCUUGAAGCUCUAGGGUUCCUUAUUUCGGAUUGGAAUCUCUUGAUGGAGAGCCUUCCGAUGGCGACGGAGAAGCAGUUGCUAGUCUCCUCUUUCUUAGAAAUCGCUGUAGGCCAGACCGCCGAGACUGCCAUCCAGUUCCUGCAGGCUACGAGUUGGAAACUUGAUGAAGCUAUUCAGCUUUUCUAUGUCGGGAACGAUGGUGGCGGAGGCGGAAUUUCUUCUUCUUAUGAGUUGCCUCCAGUUGAUCUAAAUUCUAGCGGAGUAGAGAGUGUUGCUGCCUUCAGCGGUGAUGGGAGGGACGCUGAUCCUGAUGGAGUGCGAGCUCCGUUGCCUGUUAAGAGAGACACUUUGUAUGGUGAUGCUUCUUUUAUGAGGAAUUGCAACUAUGUUGUUCUUGUGUCUUCCGGAAGCUUCAAUCCUCCAACAUAUAUGCACAUGCGCAUGUUUGAGCUUGCAAAAGAUGCAUUAAAUAUGCGUGGAUAUAAUGUUGUGGGAGGAUAUAUGUCACCCGUUAAUGAUGCCUAUAAAAAAGAGGGCUUGUUACCAGCUGCUCAUCGAUUGAAAAUGUGUGAAAUUGCUUGCCAAAGCUCUUCCUUUGUAACAGUAGAUCCAUGGGAGGCAAGCCAAAGCAGGUUUCAAAGGACAUUUACUGUUCUCUCCCGAAUUAAAGAUGGCUUGUGCAAAGAUGGUUCGACUAAAAGAGAUUCACUUAAAGUCAUGCUUCUAUGUGGUUCUGAUCUGCUAGAGUCUUUCAGCAUUCCCGGGGUUUGGAUACGUGAUCAGGUCAGAGCAAUAUGUAGGGAUUUUGGCAUCAUUUGUAUACGUAGAGAAGGGAAGAAUAUCGAACAGAUAAUAUCCAAUGAUGAAAUAUUGAAAGAAAAUAAGAGCAAUAUCAUAUCAGUAGAUGAUAUCAUACCGAAUCAAAUUAGUUCAACAAAAGUGAGGGAGUGCAUAAGAAGAGGUCUUUCGGUGAAGUACCUUACUUUUGACGAAGUUAUCGGCUAUAUCAGGGACCAAAAACUGUACCUGAAAUAGCUGCGAUAAUUUCUGUUUCCGCUUUAAUUCAAUUCGAGGUUAAUGUGCAUAUUUUUUAUACGUAUGUUUGUAUGGUUGUGGGCCUUUGCUUGGACCUUGUGCUCAUUGUUCCAAUGUAGGCAUUUGUGUUGUGCAUUACUUAUGUUUCUAUUAUUCCUAUGAACUUUUGAUUCAACGGCCAUCGAUAAAAAUGAUUUCACUUUGGCAGGAAAAUACAGUAUGCGUGCCUGCUAGUUUCGUUGUAAAAAAUUUGUCAAAAGUUAAUGUAAAGGCUCAGAAUUUAAGCUGUCA